AUGCAUGAUAACAAGGGCGAUAUUGAUCUUGGAUUGGAAUCUGGUGUAUUCCCACAAGGAGACUCCUCUGAACGUUGCCUAAAUGUAUGGUUCUACAUGACCAACAGCAGACAGGUUAAUCUAAAGGUUAUACAAGUGGGGAUGUCUACGGGAAAUGACGUCAUACUAGCUGUAUACAGUGGAUUAGACUUCGCAACUGAGUGGCACGUUAUUCAGAAACCUAUUACAGUCACAGAAGACUUCACGAUCUUAUUCAAAGCUACAGUUCUAGCUAUACCACAAGAUUGCUCAGUGAGUAUCGAUGAUUUCAAGGUUAUGGACGGGCCGUGUCCACCGGCUGGCAGCUGCGAUUUCGAGACUGGUUUCUGCACGUGGAAGAAUGAAGAGAACAGUGAUGACUUCGAUUGGCAGCUGAUUCAGGGUGGGACACCCACUGACUAUACUGGCCCACCAUCUGAUCACACCAAAAUGAAAGAUUAUGGCACGUAUGCCUAUAUAGGAGCAUCCUCGCGUACAGAGGGAGACUUUGCCAUUUUGAAAUCACCUGACUAUGAAUCCGGACCAACGCAAUGCCUUGAGUUGUACUAUUGCAUGUAUGGCUCUGACAUGGGUAAAUUUGAAGUCCAGUUGCUUCAAGACAAGAGCAUCGUUGGUUCAACCUUGAGGUCAUAUAUUGGGAAUCAAGGAGAAGGCUGGAGACAGUUACUUGUUACCCUUGAUGUCGUAGAUGGCUCCCUCUAUUCAGUUCUCCUCAAUGCAACUGUUGGCAACGAUAUAAACAGUGAUAUAGCUGUUGACGAUAUUAACUUCUACCCUGGCAAUUGUUCUGGACGCUCAGAUAUUUGCGAUUUCUCUCACAACUUUUGUGAUUGGGCGCAAGGAACCGAUGAUGAAACUGACUGGCUGCUUGGCUCUGGGAGUGACAGUCGCUAUGGUAACAACGAGGGACUUCCAGACCAUUCUACUGAUCAUGUAGGAGGUGGCUAUGCAUACAUUGACAUGCGCGAUGCCGAAAACCAGCCCGGUGACCGUGCCCGUCUGGUCAGCAUGGAACGCACCCCACCGAUCGACGGCCAGGCCGAAUGCCUCGGCUUCUGGUACCAUCUGGAUGAGAAUGACGUCGGCUCGCUGAAUGUCACCGUGAAGUGGGUGGAUAAUGGUACUCUGAUGCUGAGUGAUUCCUUGUGGUCGAUCAGUGGUAACCGUGGUGAUGAGUGGUGGUUUGGUGCGGCUACGGUGAUAUCUAAGUUCCCUUAUCAGGCUAUCAUUGAGGGUACGAUCGGAACUGCAUCCAAAGGAGGCAUAACAAUUGAUGAUGUCGGGUUUAGUUCUGGACCAUGUGACCCGCCAGGGCAUUGCAGCUUUGAACGAAAUAUGUGUUCCUGGCAAAGUAGUGGAAAUACCGGCAUUGAUGGAAAUGACGGUGAUGAUUGGCUGCGGGCGUCGGCUGGUAGAACUAUGAGAGGGUUCACUGGACCGGCUAAUGACCACACCCAGGGUACAGUAGCAGGAUUUUAUGCUCAAGCGGAUGCCACCUUCACGCAAGAUAAGACCCCUACCCUGUUUAGCGAAGUCUUUGAUCCGUCAUCAGAGGACGGAGACUGCUUUGCAUUUUGGUACCAUAUGAAUGGAACAGGGGAAGCAACUCUUAGAGUGUACUAUCAACAGUUCAAUCCUCCUGCUACCUACGAUCGACAGGAAAUGUUCUCCGCCAGUGGUAACCAAGGAGAUGUUUGGCUGGAACAUCAGUUUGACCUCACCUCAGAUUUGGAGUUCCAGAUUAUCUUCUACGUGGAGUAUGGUUCGUCUGAUGACGAAGGCUAUAAUAUUGAUGUGGCCAUCGAUGAUACCAGUCUUACUACUACAAAGUGCUCAGAAUACAACCAGUGGCAUUGCACAUUUGAGGAUGGUUUAUGUGGUUACACUCAGGCAAAGGAUGAUGACAGGGACUGGACUAGGAGACCUGGUAGCACACCAUCCUUUCGGACAGGUCCUGACUUUGACCACACUAUUGGGAAUGUCAACGGUUACUAUAUCUACCUUGAGGCAUCGCCAGGCAGGGCUGGUGAAAAGACCCGUCUUCUGAGCCCUUUUGCACCUGCAGGCAAAUACUGUGUUGGAUUUUGGUUUCACAUGUAUGGCCAAAGCAUCAAUACGCUGAAUGUAUAUAUCCAGAGGAACAACACGGCCCUGGAUCUACCUGUUUGGACUAGGACUGGUUCCAGUGGUAACCAGUGGAAAGAAGGAUACAUCGAUGUUGUUGAUAUUAAAGAUUUUAGGGUGGUAUAUGAAGCUAUCAAAGGAAGGAGCUUUACGGGAGACAUUGCUAUCGACGACCUUGACUUGAUCGAAGGUCAAUGUAAAGGUACUCAUACAUGUGACUUCCAAAGUGAUGAUCUGUGUGGCUAUCAGCAGGAGACUGGGAAAGAUGAUUUUGAUUGGAUUCCUGGAUCCGGAAGUACGUUGACCCCAGGGACUGGCCCAGCGGUCGAUCAUACGUACAGUACCAGCUAUGGUAGGUACAUGUACAUAGAUUCAUCUGAGCAGGCCCCUGGUGACAAGGCUCAGUUCUACACUAAGACCUCCGAACCAGACCCGUCGGGCUUCGCUUGCUGGACGUUCUUUUACUACAUGAAAGGUGCUGGAGUUGAUGAGUUGAGGAUACUGGUAUGUUUGAAAUGA